AUGGCGACCACUGGCCUCGCAUCAUCCGCAACGGGAAAGUUCGAUUCCGUAACUCCCCCCAAAGCCUCGUCUUUGCCUGAAGACCUGGUCAAACAGCUCCUCGUCAAUCUUGAUGAUGACAUCAAACAACUGAAAGAUGACAAGUCGUUUGAUUUGGAAGGCCUUCUGGCUUAUCAGCGUACGGCCAACUACCUAUCAGCUGCCCAGAUCUUCCUGCGGGAUAAUGGUCUUUUGACCAGAGACUUGAAGACCGAGGAUGUUAAGAAACGACUUUUGGGUCAUUGGGGAACUUGCCCAGGUCUCAAUUUCGCUUACGCCCAUACCAAUAACCUCAUCACCCAACAUGAGACUGAUGAAGGCGCACCAUACUUCAUGUUUCUAACUGGACCAGGUCACGGAGCACCUGCUCUGUUGUCAACUCUAUUCAUGGAAGGCGCUAUCACUCGCUUCUAUCCUGAAUACCCAAUGUCCAGGGAGGGACUCGAAAGCUUUAUUCGAGCAUUCUCUCUUCCGGGAGGAUUUCCCAGUCACGUCAAUGCCGAAACGCCUGGUGCAAUUCACGAGGGUGGUGAACUUGGGUACUGCUUAGCCGUAGCAUAUGGCAGUGUCAUGGACAAGCCAGACCACAUAACUGUCGCUGUCAUUGGAGAUGGAGAAAGCGAGACUGGUCCAACGGCUACCGCAUGGCAUGCUCACAAGUACCUCGACCCCGCUGAAAGUGGUGCUGUUCUGCCUAUUCUUCACCUGAACGGUUUCAAGAUCGGUGAGAGGACUAUCGCCGGUACCAUGGAUGAUCUUGAAGUAAAAUAUGAAGGGGCUACAUCCGAUCACGAGCAUGAUACUGCUAUAAACUAUGAUAUGGCUACAUCCAUGGAAUGGGCGUAUCAAGAGAUCAAGAAAAUCCAGACCGCUGCCAGAUCGGGUAAACCAAUCACCAAGCCACGAUGGCCUCUGAUCGUCAUGAGAACCCCUAAAGGAUGGACUGGACCUAGAAAGUCAGCAGGUAAUCCUAUCGAAGGCAGUUGGAGAGCUCAUCAGGUUCCCCUACCCAAGGCCGCUGCCGAUGACAAGGAGUUUGGCCUUUUGGAGCAAUGGCUAAAAUCAUACGGACCUCAAGAGCUAUUCCACACUGAUGCAUCAGGCAUUAUCGAUGAUGUCGCUCUUCGAAUCAUUCCGAAAGAUCAGCAAAGGCGUAUGGGCAUGGUAGAUGCUACAUACCGAGGCUUCCAGCCCUUGCAAGCACCUGACUGGAAGGAUUUCACUCACAAGCUCGACGAGCCAGUGUCAAAUAUGAAAGCUGUGGGAUCCUAUGUUGCCGAAAUUAUCAAGAAGAAUCCAACCAGUUUCCGAAUCUUCUCACCUGAUGAAAUUACCAGUAACAAGCUGGACGAAGCUUUGGAAGUUAGUCACCGAAACUUUCAAUGGGAUCCAGAGACUGCCAACAAUGGUGGUCGAGUGAUUGAGAUGCUUUCUGAACACACUUUGCAAGGCUGGAUGCAAGGUUACACCCUCACCGGUCGACAUGCCCUAUUCCCAUCAUACGAGAGUUUCCUCGGUAUCGUUCAGACCAUGAUCGAGCAAUACGCAAAAUUCGUCAAAAUGGCUCUCGAUACUCAAUGGCGAGGUGAUGUUGCGGGUCUGACGUAUAUCGAAACUAGUACUCUCUGGCGACAAGAGCACAACGGAUACUCUCACCAAAACCCAGGGCUAAUCGGAUCCUUCAUUGGGCUUCCUCGACACCUUGCAAGGAUCUACUUGCCAGCCGAUGCCAAUUGCAGUAACCCCACCCGAGGCUGGCUAACCGCCGAAGAAGCUGAGCGACACUGCAUUGCCGGUGCUUCUGUCUGGACCAACUAUUCAUCUGACGGAGGCCGAGAUCCAGACAUUGUGCUUGUCGGCUGCGGUGUAGAGGUAACAUUUGAGGUGAUCGCUGCCGCCGCCAUUUUACGAAACAAUGGUGUCAAAGUACGAGUGGUCAACAUCAACGACUUGCUCAUCCUUGGUGCCAUCGGAGCUCACCCACACGCACUCACUCAAGAUGCAUUCGACAGCUUGUUCACCGCUGACAAGCCUGUCAUCAUCAACUUCCAUGGUUAUCCCAAAGAUAUGGCAAGUCUGUUGUUCAACAGAAACGCCCAUGUUGGAAGAUCAAGAUUUGAUAUCCUCGGCUACAUCGAAGAAGGAACGACCACUACUCCUUGGUCGAUGUUACGACUCAAUAAUACUUCUCGGUACACUCUUGCUGACAUUGCUGUUCAACGAGUCUUCAGGGACCAACCCAAUCAUCCGGUUGGCGUUCGAGCUCAUGAGUUGUCAAGUUUCUGGCAACAUCAACUCGUACUUCAUGAUAGAUACACCAAAGAGCACGGGGAAGAUCCAGCUUGGUGCGGAGAGGUCCCAGAUCUGGAAGACAAUGCAGCAUGA